GAUUAUGUUCCAGAAGAUACCGGAAGCAUUUCAGGUCUCGAGCCGCCUCAGUCCCCAGACUCGAGCUACAGCAACUCAGAGCUGGGGCAGGAGGAUUUUGCCAAAGAGCCACCCAUAGCCCCACAGCAUUUGAAUUCAACUCUGCUAAACGUGGCUUCGCCUCACAUGGAAAUCCCGGCACCUUACUCAAGACCACCGCAUGUAGUGCUGAACCAUCUGUAUAUGCACAAGAAUAAGAGCUGCCCGUCUGUGGUGGCACUCGGGUCCACCAGCCGGUAUCGGUCCAAAUAUGUGACAGUGGUGCUUUACAAGGCCAUACAGAGGUAA